AUGAAACUUCAGGCCGUUCUAGCAAAAACUGCGCUAUUCUCUGCCGCAGUCGCAAAGGCUUCGCAGAAUACGACUCUUGCCCAAUCAGGGCUUCCUGUCAUCGAGGUUGUUGGCAACAAAUUCUUUGAUUCACGUUCAGGUGAACAAUUUUUCAUAAAGGGGAUCGCUUACCAGCCCAGUAGUGCGCCACAGGAACUUGAGGUUGGCUAUCCGGCUGACACGAAGUAUAUCGACCCUUUGGCAGAAGUUGAAAUAUGUAAACGGGAUUUGCCGUAUUUGAAAAAGCUCGGAGUCAAUACCAUUCGUGUUUACUCCAUUGAUCCAACCAAGCCACAUGACGUUUGCAUGGAGGAGUUGAGCAAGCUGGGAAUCUACGUUCUCAUCGAUUUAUCAGAACCAGACACCUCUAUAAUUAGGGAAACACCAACAUGGGAUGUAAAAGUAUUCCAGCGGUACAAAGACGUAGUAGACUCCAUGCAGAAAUACAAUAAUGUUUUGGGCUUUUUUGCUGGUAACGAGGUCACUAAUGACCGCACGAACACAGACGCAUCGCCUUUUGUGAAGGCGGCUAUCAGAGAUGUCAAAAACUACAUCAAGCAAAUGGGAUACAGAACUCUUCCGGUUGGAUACUCAACAAACGAUGACCAGGAGACGAGGGAUCACUUGGCUGACUACUUCGUCUGCGGUAGCGUAUCUGCAGACUUCUAUGGCAUAAAUAUGUACGAAUGGUGCGGGCAUUCAUCUUACGGCACGAGCGGCUACAGAGAGCGGACUAACGAGUUCAGAAACUUCCCUGUGCCGGUGUUCUUUUCGGAGUUUGGGUGUAAUACAAUCAGGCCCAGGCCCUUCACAGAAAUACAGGCCUUAUACGGGACCAUGAUGACGCCCGUAUGGUCCGGUGGACUUGCAUACAUGUAUUUCGAGGAAGAUAACGAAUACGGUGUGGUCAAGGUCACCAAGGAUAACCAAGUUCUAGAGCUCCCAGAUUUCCGCAACCUACAGAAAGAAUUCGAAAAGGCUCGCCCCAAGGGGGUAAAGCGCAGUGUCUACGAAAAGACAUACAAGGUCAAUUCCAGAACCUGUCCGGAAAAGUCCGCCACGUGGAAGGCAUCUGAAGAACUACCUCCAACGCCAGAUGCACGUAAGUGCGGCUGCUUGGAGCAGGCUUUGCCCUGCUUGUCGCUCAGCCUACAAGACCCAAUGUCAUACAAGAACUACUUUGAGUAUGUCUGCGGAUUCGUUAACUGUAUGGACAUCAACGGUGAUGGAAGUUUGGGGGUGUACGGUGAAUAUUCAGAUUGUGACACAAGACAAAAAUUGAGUUUACAACUCAGUAAGCUAUAUUUGAGACGUAAAAUAAGCAAAAAUGAAUGUCCCAUCGCCAGCAACGAUUUCUUCUUCAAUGCCAAGAGCAUAGGCAUUCCGCAACAAUGCCAGGGCGUUAUGGAGGAUGUUAAAGUUCAAGCUAAUAAAAAGCUAGUGGAGCCAAAGCCUGCUGCUCCAGCUGGCAAAGACGUCAAUGCUGCCGGUUCAAGCGCAUUGCACCGCCUAAACACAGCCACAUUGGUAUUGGUGUCCACCACCGCUUUCAUUUUCCACCUCCUUCUAUAA